CCUUCUUUUACAAAAUUAACCUUAAGUGACAAAUGUGCCAUCCGAUGCUGAACUGGAAAACAGCAGAUGAAAAAAAUAAAUAAAUGCAGUAUAUCCUUCCUCUCCGGCGAUAGCAGGGUGGAUAACACAGCCUGAAAAUGCUGCCUGCAGCUACGCAGAGUAAUUUUAGUUCUGAGACGCUUAUGCCCAUUGGAACCAUCAUCAAGGUGUGUGGAAUGGUAGUCCUCAGUAUUUCUAUCACAGUGGGCAAUGUGCUCAUUCUCCUGGUAUUCCUGGGCUCCAAGCGAUUUUGGACUCCCCAGGGAUAUUUAAAAGCAUCACUUGCCUUGGCAGACCUGGCUGUAGGAGUUGUGGUGGUUCCUUACUCUGUCUACACAGAAAUUGGAAUAAUCGUACUUGGCAAGGACCAUAAAGAGCUAAAUGGCACCCAGGAGGGGGCAUUUGAGCCCUGCUAUAUCAUGGGGCCAUUGUUUGCAGGCUGCACGUUUGUCUCUGUCACCACCAUCUUCCUGUUAUCUGUAGAGAUGAGCAUCACCGUCCUCAAACCUUUGCACAAGCACCUCCUGGUCACAAAACAGAGGACAGUUUUCCUGAUUGCCUGUUCCUGGGUGCUGUGUUUCGUCCUUGCGUUGAUGCCCCUCUUCUUCAGGCAGGAGAUCAACAUUGUCUACAACCGCUGCAGCAUGAUGUGCAACUACGCCUCUCGCAGUUCCUCAAGUUGGAAAGUCAUGCUGAUUUUUCCAACCUUUGACUUCUCUGUUCUGGGUGGCACCUUUGCAAUCAACCUGAUCACUUUCACUGCCAUUCGCCAGUUCUGUCAGGCCAGGACACAUCUUACACAUUCAACUUCUCAAAAAAAAUCGUGCAGACCUUCUUUCUCAGAUAUCAAAGCUGCUAAAACCAUCGCCGUUGUCGUACUCUCCUUCAUUGCUUCUUUUGUCCCCAUUGCAGUUUACGUGGUGAUUAGCAUUCUGGGAUUGGAGUGCUGUCAAUUCACAUUCUGUGCUUUUUGGAUUUUAACAUCUAAUAGCUGCUGGAACGUGGUCAUCUAUAGCUUAAGGGACAAGAAGUUUCGCCACAGGAUCAAGGAGCUGUAUACGCGGGCAGUGCUGAGAAGGAGUGGAUGUACCUCAGGACCAAAGGUAGCAAGUGUGGGAGCCUGUGUCUCUGUCCUAAAGGAGACCCUACAUACAGAGAGCUCCUAAAUGGCUUAGGGGAGCCUCCAAACAACCUUGCCAUCACUGGUACCCGUUUUGCCAGCUGGAUGUACAAAUGAGAACUUCUGUGCAAGACUCGCCGACCUUUUUUUUUUAUCUUUCAAUAAUAACAACACCAUAAACUGUGCAGCUUCACAUGGUGACAGUUGUGUUUCUACUGGAGUUCACAUGUACAGCUCAAAUAACCAUUAUGGAUGAUGAUGAUAUUUAAACCUAUUUUUGCAAUUCUAAUAAUUCAAGUAAUGAGAACAUAGAAAACCAAUUUAACAUCUGUCUGGAAAGGAAUCAAUUUACAAACGUACCGUCAACAAGUCCUUUAAUCAGAUUUGUCCUUGAAAUGUGUUUGCUCAGCUGUCAUUCCUCUCAUCCUCGUCCCCUUCAAGCCCUGCUCUGCCUCACGCACUUAGUGACUUGGUGUGUUUUAUCGGCAUUCAUCUGUCCCAUUUUCAUUACAUUAAUGUAGGGUCACUUUAUUCGUAUAGGGUCAUUACGGUACUGGGCAUCAACUUGUGACCCCUUUUAAUGUAUGCUACACUGAUGCUAGGUUUAA